UGAAUUUAACCUUUAAUCUACAGAGCUCCAGAUGAAUGUCUCAAAACGAGUUAUCUCUUAAAAUAACAUGAACAUUUAGGCAGAUCGUUUCAGUAUGUGCGCCGAAUGAGAGGUGGUUCGUUUAUGAGUAAAUUCUGCAAGUUUUUCUUUCAACUUUUAAAGAAGCUGAUUAAUUUUCUCAUAAUGAGAAGACUUUUAACGAGAAUUAUAAACAGAGUUCUGCUGAGCGGACAAAUAACAGCAGCGAUGAGAGGAGCUGAAGCAGAGAUUCAUACAGAAGGACGAAGAAAGUUGGUGGUGGGCCUGGGGAACCCUGGGAUGGAGGGUACCAGACACAGCGUGGGGAUGGCGGUCCUCGGAGCGCUCGCCGCUCGGCUCGGUAUGGCCAACCGUUGGCGCGGCGACAGUCACGUAUCCGGUGAGGUCAUCCUGACGGAGGUCCAGCAUACCCGCGUGGUUCUGCUCCGCCCGAGGCUGCUGAUGAACAUCAACGGGGUGUCUGUGGCCAAAGCGGCUGGUAAAUAUGGCAUCAAACCUGAGGACGUCCUGCUGGUGCAUGACGAAAUGGACAAACCUUUGGGGAAAAUCGCCAUCAAACAUGGAGGAAGUGCCAGGUAGGUUUUUUUCCUAGUAGUUUCUUACCCCCAGAUUCCACAUCCUCCGCCCCGGCCCGUCUCGCCCCGCUCACGUACGUCCUGUGCAGCACUUGCGCUGUCAUGUUAAUCAAUGAGAGCUGUUUCACAUCCACUGCUACUCUUCCGUACGUCACCGUCCACGUACGUCUUAUCCAUCCUUCACUGUCAAAAUUAGGAGCCAAGCUAUACUCUUCUCCUCUCUGGUCCGUUGGAAGCUGGCCAGGUCAACAUCCGCAAUUGCAAUCACACCAAACAGGAAAAGAACGUUAAGAAGAUCUGGCUUGUCAAAGUGAAAUAAAGUAACGAUAGAUCAGUAACUACUAAUUAGAGCAUCAUUUUUAUAUAUUCCCCAAAAAGAAGGAUGAUUGAUUGGUUCAAACUAUUGGUGCUUCAACAUAACAGGAAGGAGAUUUGUACGACGGAGUAUUAGAGCCAGGCUAG